AUGUCUCGUUGGUGCAUUUCUCACCGUGAAAAGGCAAAGCAAGUAGUUGAGACAUGGCAGGCACUAUUUAAAUCCGUACCUAAGGAGAGACGAGUUUCUUUUUUAUAUCUGGCCAAUGAUAUACUGCAAAAUAGCAGGCGUAAAGGCAGCGAAUUUGUGAAUGAAUUCUGGAAGGUUCUUCCGAAGGUGCUGAAGGGCGUUUGUGAUGGUAGGGAGGAGAAUUGCAAAAAAGUAGCGUCCAGGCUGGUUGAUAUCUGGACAGAAAGAAAAGUUUUUGGUUCAAGGGGUGAAAAACUGAAAAAUGAGUUUCAAAGCAAGAAAUCUUCUCCAGGCAAGAAACCUUCUCCGGCCAAGAAUCCCUUUCCGGUCAAUGUUGAAAAGAACUUGAAUCCCAUCAAGAUUCUUAAGAGAGAUGCUAACUCAUUGAGGAUUAAAUUGGCUGUUGGAGGUUUGCCGGAGAAAAUCCUAACUGCUUUCCAGCUGGUACUUGAUGAAACUGUCAAUGAAGAAGACACCUUAAAAAAUUGCCAAGAUGCUGCUUUAUACCUGCGGGAUAUAGAGAAUGAUGUUAACGUUUCUACUCCAGGUGACCUGCUAGGCUCUGAUACCGUGAGUGAUAUACAGAAGCAGGAGGCCUUGCUUCAGCAUGGCAUCAGCCGACUUGAAAAAAUCGUAGCUAACAGAGUGGUUUUAAUAUCCCAGCUUAGAGAAGCUCUUCAGGACCAAGAAGCAAAACUGAAGCUUAUUCAGAAUGAGCUACUUACGGCCCGUGGUCAGAUCGAGCAAGCCCGAAAAUCCGCCAACCUGACAUCAGCCUCCUCAAAACCGCAGAACGAAAAUCCGAAAGAAUCACUAGUUUCCCUGAACCCAAGCCCAAGCCCAAGCCCGCCGGCCCAGCCCAUGACCACAUUCGCAAAUCCCACCAUCAGCCAAGAGGAGAGCAACCGGGCCCAAGCUGCUGCUGUUGCCGCCAAGCUGGCAGCCUCGACCUCGUCGGCCCAGAUGCUCUCAUCCAUACUGUCCUCCCUCGUUGCUGAAGAACUAAUGAAUGGGCCCCUCAAAAGGCCCAAGUUGGAAAAGCCCGCGACUCAGAUAACCCUUGACGAGCCCAAACAGCCCGACCCAUCCCAUUUUCAGGGGGUCUCGGGCCUGUCUCCACUCGUCCAGCCGUUUCUUCCUCCCCCGCCCGGUUUUCCGGCUGUUCAGUUGGCUCAGCCGAGUUAUAGCUUCGGUGCGGGCCCGUUUGGGAUGCAGGGCACUCAGCAGUUGCCACCUGGCGCGAACGGCGGGUAUUACGGGCCACCGCCUGUGAAUCGCCGGUGA